CUCCUAUUUCCUCGCGUGGACCCCUUUAGGCUCAAUCAACAUGACGACAAGAUACCGUGUAGAGUAUGCUCUCAAGACGCAUCGAAGGGAUCAGCUUAUUGAAUGGAUCAAGGGUCUUCUAGCUGUUCCUUUUGUGCUGCACUCGCAUCCCACGGCCGUGUUUGAGCCCGACGGCGAAUCGGUUGAACACCAAGCCAACAUUGCCCAGCGGCGGUAUGCCGAGAUUCUGCGCGAUGUCGAGGAGAUUAUCAAUGAUCACAUUCAGCACCAAAAGGACAACAAGCCAGACCGAUCGAAACUGAAGCUCCUUGUUCCGUCCGUGGCAAACUUCUUUACGCCACUCGCACUGCACGACGCCUUUGUAUGGCAAGACCAACGGCGCUUCAUCAGCCACCGGCGCUUCGUGCCGCCUUCUUUCAACGACGUCCGUCUGGUUCUCAACACGGCGCAGGUAAUGAGUCUUAUCCGCAGCGGCCCACUGGAGCUCGUGACGUUUGACGGAGAUGUUACGUUGUACGACGACGGAAAAAACCUCGAGCCAGAAAACCCAAUCAUUCCCAAGAUUCUGCAGCUGAUGCGGCGCGGAUCCAAGAUUGGCAUUGUCACAGCCGCUGGGUACACGGAAGCGAAGCCAUAUUACGGAAGGCUGCACGGGCUGCUCGAUGCCAUUCAGGCGUCUGACCUACCUCGCGAGGCUCGGCAGAACCUGCUCAUUAUGGGUGGCGAGAGCAACUUUUGCUUCAAGUUUGACGAAAACAGCCCGGUUCUGCUGCGGCUGGUGCCGAGAGAAGAGUGGCUGCUGGAAGAGAUGGUUUUGUGGCACGAGUCAGAUAUCAAGGAGCUCCUGGAUCUUGCCGAGGCGUCUCUGCGGGACACGAUCAGAAACUUCCGCAUGGAGGCCAACGUGGUGCGCAAGGAGCGGGCGGUGGGGAUUGUGCCCAAGGCAGGAUACAAGUUUUGCCGCGAGACGCUCGAGGAGACGGUCUUGAUUGUGCAGAAGAUACUGGAAAUUUCCGAGGUGGGCCAGCGGCUGCCGUUCUGUGCGUUCAACGGGGGAAACGACGUAUUUGUGGAUAUCGGCGACAAGUCGUGGGGGGUGUUGGCGUGUCAGCGGAUUUUUGGAGGGAUUGCAGGCAGCAAGACGCUGCACGUGGGCGACCAGUUCCUCAGCGCGGGGGCCAACGACUUCAAGGCGCGGCUGGCGUGCACGACGGCGUGGAUUGCGAACCCGCUGGAGACGUGCCAGCUGCUGGACGAGAUUAGCGAGCUGGACGAGAUUCACCAGCGCAAGACGCGAUAGCGGAGUGUAGUGUAUGCAUGGACAUGGCAGUAGUUGGUACAUGGAUUGUGCAUGGCCACGGCAAUGACAUCAGCACAGUUCCGAAGCUAGAGCUGGGCGGGCUAGAGGCAGAAAAUUGAUAUUGCCAUGGCAGAGUCCGAGUUGGUGCACCCUGUCGUGAUGGCGUGGCGGGCAUGUAGCGACGAGGUCAGCAUGUAACGUAGAGACGCGUCCAGGCGGUAGAAACGAGGUCAGCAUGUAGAGGCGCGGCAAGG